CAAUAUUCGGACGAAAUGAAAUCCUACGAAAGUAGAUCAAACAGUGAGAAAUGUAACACAACACCGGCUGAUUUAGGACAAAUUCCAUAUUUUUUGAUUUUCGUAACGAAAAUUCCUUUCAGGAUCGAAAAGAGUCGUCAUUUAUUGAAAGCGAGUUUAUUGUAUUCCUCGCUAUGAAAAUUAAACUCGAAAAGCUGAGCAUCGGUUUUGACUUUUGACAUUCUCGUGCAAGGCUGGCGACAACGACGACUCGUUCAGUAAUAAAAUUUGGUCGGCGAAUCCUGCGUGUUCCCCCUGGACCGUCCCAUUUUCAAAAUAAAAUGGCAUUUCGAUGGUCCUUCAACACAUCCCAAUGGGAACCAACAUCUUCACAACUAUCCCAGAUUUCAAGAUUGAUUCAGGCCGAGGAGAAGGCCCGGAUUGGACGCUUCUUAUUUAUGAGGGACGCCAAAACCUCACUCAUUGGGCGAAUACUUAUCAGGAAACUUGUACAGUUGAAGACUGGAGUGCCCAAUAAUUUUAUUAAGCUAGGAAGAGAUGAUCACAAUAAACCAAUUUUAAUCAGUCCAACCAAUCUUGCUGAUAAAUUGGACGAUGAUGAUAACGACGACUGUGAUGUUACUAAUAAUGAUGAUAAUGUGAUAUUUGACGAGUGCUCAAACGUUAACAUAAGGAACCUUAAUUUCAACGUGAGCCAUCAGGGCUCAUAUGUCGUGCUGGCGUCCGAUCCUUCAGCUACCCAUGUCGGUAUUGACGUUAUGAAUGUAGAAAAACCCGGGCGGAUAUCAGACACUGUUGACGAGUAUUUUAGAUUAAUGAAUCGCCAAUUCACAGAAAACGAGUGGCGUCAAAUAAAAGGUUUAGAUCUUCCGGGGAGUCUUUCUGAUAAGAAAAAAAUGAUGAAUUUUACACGAUUUUGGUGCCUUAAAGAAUCGUACGUUAAGGCAAUUGGCGUAGGAAUUGUGAUUGAUUUAAGAACCGUGGAUUUCAAUACAAAGACUGAUUUAUCAUUUGAAUCUGAUGGCCCCAAGUUGGCGACCGACACUGUGGUCAAAGUUAAUGGGUGUUUAGAAACAGAAUGGUCAUUUGAAGAACGAUGCUUGGAUGACGAAACUCAUUUAGUUGCAGUGGCCAAGAAAAUUCCCUCUAAAAACAAAGAUAUCGAUUCUGACAAGAAUGAAUACAUUCCUCCUGAAUUUAUUCCGGUUUCAUUGGAUUUCUUACUUGACAAUAUGACCCCUUUGCAACCGGAAGAAUCAGUUGACACCGAGUGGGUGGAAGCAUUUUUAAAAAAGAACAACAAAAAGUGAACUUUUGAGCAUGAACAACUUACAUAAUUUUCUAUUUUAUUUACUUGAAUUUAAUUGACUAAAUUAUUUUUCAUGUACUUAUAUUUGCGAAUCAUAUUUUGUGUAACGCUUUAUAAUAUAAACAUCUCCAGCGUGUGUCCUUUUGGAAGAGAUCCUAAAAUAGGUGCUACGUUCCACUGUAAUACGCACUUUAAUUGUUUUGUUUUUUAUUACACCUAUGGUUAAAACCAGAAAAUUAAUAAACGUCUCUCUAGCUGGUGCUGUCCUUACAAA